AUGGCCAUUGCAAAUGUUAUCCAAGCUUUCCAGCAAAGGGUCUUUGACCACGCAUUACAGUCGACUGUUACAGCCAUCUUCCUAAUACCUCUUGUCUACGUCAUUGCCAAUGAGUUCAUUCGCUCCAAAGCUCGAAUCGCCAAGUUAGACGGACCUCGGGGGCUACCCCUAAUCGGAAACCUCUUGGACAUCCGAGUUAAUGCUGCAGAGCAGUAUCGCAGCUGGGCCAAGCGAUUUGGAUCGGUAUACCAGAUACAGCUUGGUAAUGUUCCUGUCGUUGUUGUCAACUCUGCCUCCGCUGCGAGGACACUGUUCGGACAAAAUGCCCAGGCUCUCAGUUCUCGGCCAGAGUUCUACACUUUCCACAAGGUUCUCUCAGAUACCGCUGGAACCACCAUCGGUACCUCUCCCUACAGCGACUCCCUUAAACGCCGCCGUAAGGGCGCUGCUUCAGCUUUGAAUCGACCGUCUGUGGCAACCUACGUCCCUCACCUUGACGUGGAAACCAAAGACUUCAUCAAGGAACUCUAUGAGUACGGAAAAGGCGGAGAGACUCCCGUCGACCCCAUGCCCAUGAUUCAGCGUCUAUCUCUCUCACUUGCCUUGACUCUUAACUGGGGAGUUCGUAUGAGCAGCCAGAAGGAUGGCCUCUUCAAGGAAAUCACCCACGUGGAAGAGGAGAUUAGCCGCUUCCGAUCGACGACCGGAAACCUUCAGGAUUACGUGCCUAUUCUCCGUUUGAAUCCCAUAAACACGCAUUCGGCCAAGGCCCGCGAUAUGCGAAACAGACGUGACGUUUACUUGACUGCUCUAAACAGAGGCCUCGACGAGCGCAUGGCCAACGGAACACACAAGCCCUGCAUUCAGGCCAAUGUCAUUAUGGACCAGGAUGCGAAGCUUAACAAGGCGGAGCUGACAUCGAUCAGCCUGACAAUGCUUUCUGGAGGCCUUGACACAAUUACAACGCAAGUCGCAUGGUUUGUGGCGUUGCUUGCCCAACGACCCGACAUCCAGGAUAAAGCUGUUGCAGCUAUCCGGGAGUUUUACAGCGAAAAGCAACCCAUGUGUGACUCAGAAGAUGACCAGCAAUGCCGCUACAUCGUGGCAUUGGUGCGGGAGUCGCUCAGAUACUACACUGUUCUGCGUCUGGCCCUUCCCCGAGCGUCGGUCCGCGAUGUUCCUUUCGGCGAGGUCAUGAUUCCCAAGGGAUCUGUCAUAUUCCUGAAUGCGUGGGCGUGCAACAUGGAUCCCGAAGUCUGGACUGAUCCCGAGGUAUUCCGCCCCGAGAGAUGGCUGGAACAGCCUGACGCGCCGCUCUUUACAUACGGGGUUGGCUACCGCAUGUGCGCGGGCUCGCUUCUUGCCAAUAGAGAGUUGUAUCUUGUCUACAUGAGAUUGAUUAACAGCUUCAAAAUCGAGAAGCAUGAUGACGUUGACCAUCAUCCAGUCUCUGGCAACGCUGACCCCACGAGCUUAGUGGCCAUGCCGAGACCUUACAGGGCGAGGUUUGUACCUCGAAAUGCGGAGACAUUGAGCAGUGUUCUUCAGGAGUUUGAAGAGAAGGCAUAG